UGAAGUGCGCAGACUCGUGAAUUUAAAACCACCAGCGGGAAGUCCGUUCCCACGAAGGAUAGCCGCCCGGUGUACCAUCAAAUGCUCCGCCAGUAUUUGUUACCGGUAACUGAUCGAGCAAAGAGGCCCCGCGCACCGUAGUGGCGCGCACAAACGAAAAUGUGCUGAACAAUAACAAUAUCGGACCGCGUCGUUUUUCGAAGUGGAGUGGCGCGAAAAAUUUCCGAAAAAAUUUUUAGUGAAAUGGUGUGACGUGAAAAAUGCCGUUUGUGCAGCGCAUAAUCGAGCCCAAAUACCUGAGCAGAACCAGUUUAUUCGACGAGGAUGGUACACCGCUGGUCAACGAUAAUGAAUUGAUCGCCGUUACUAACAACACCCUUAGCAAUGCACUACGACAACUCGCCUCCCUGGUCUUGGUCGCCAAUGACAUCUUCACGGAAUUGGGUGACCAAUUCAAAGACAUCAACAAACGAUCGGAGGAGAUCAAGAAGAAAAUUACUGUCCUGGAAGAGAAGGUCGCACGAUACGAUCCGAAGAAAGUUGCAGUUCCUGAAAGUGAUAUUAGCACGUUCGCCUUGCUGAAGGACCACUACAAAGCCACUCACACGAUAGAUUCCAACCUAUUCUCAGUGGAAACUCGACCAACGGCACUGAAAACUCUCUAUGAAUCAGCUACAAAGACGCCGGUGCACGUCAUGCGACAGUUAGACAGAUGGCGUCGCGACGGUCACCGUUCAUCUAGGUUUUUCCUUUGUACACCCGUUUUGGGUGCUAAAAGAAGGAAGAUUAAAAACGUGGAUAUUGACAUAGAAACUCAUAUGCCAUCCGCUGUGGAAGAAUUAAGACGUUGGACAUCCAAUGAAGCUCUUGGUGACAUAACAGUAACACCAGACGGUAUUAGUAGAAUCACUUCCAAUUGUACCGCAAUCGAAGGUGAAGAAGUUGAUGCCAAUUUAUCAGAUUCAGAAGGCAUCGACCAUAAGCUUCCAUCACCUGAAGAACAACUUAAAGUUGUGGCUUUGAAGUUCCCUGCAGAGGUAGUCGCUGUGGACAUCUCAGGAAAGAGUUUCGAUAGGAUGUCGGUAUCCAGGAGAUCCUUUCUACACGGUGAUAUUAUUUCCAGUAAUGAUGUAGAUCAUAGUACUAUCAAAAGACGAACGAAGAGCAGGAGACCACGAAACAGACGACGAAAUACCUUAGCUGGUACAGAUCACAAGGAAAUUGAGAAUGCUUUAACUGCUGGGGAUGAACCGGCCGAACAAAAUGAAAAGACUGAAGAAACACCAAGUGUCUGCAGAAGUAGAAGCAGUGAUAUUUUGCGUUCUUCCAAGAAGGACUCACCAGAAAAGAAAUCCCACUUCAACACGUUGAAGCAAUGGGGCAAAAGCCGUUACGAUCGAUUCAUGAACAAAUCCGGUGAAUCGAAAAGGGAUUCUAAAGAUGAUUCCCCGACAGAUACAAACAUGUACGAAAUGGUCUCGUCUAAACGAACAAGAGACGUGGAUAAAAAACGGACGCAUGAUAGAAACCCUUCGAUAUCUUCCUCUGAGAAAUCUAGCUUUACCAUUCCUCUUGCCAUGACUACUUCAAACAUUGCCACUGUGAAGUUAAGGGAAUCGGCAUCUCAAAGACGAAGGCGAAGAAACGGCGACAACAAAGAUGAACCACAUUCUUCAAGUGGUAACUGGAGUGCUAGUUCUGAGAGCGGUAGAGCUUCGAUUGGAUCUGAAAUCACUACCACACCCCAACCGAAGUCUACUUCGGUUACUACUUCCGACAAUUCCUUAAACUUGCCAAGUUCUGUAAGCAGCAGGAGAAAAUUCAAUGUAGUUCAUAGCUCAACCUCCGAAAGUGUAACUAGUGAGGGUACACUAACACCUGAUAUAAUACACGAUCUUCAUGAAGAUGGAGAAACCAGCUCAGUCUACUCUUGUGACACUGAAGGGUAUUACACAUCCUUCCACAUGGAUAGUGGUCUUAAAACGCUUAAAGAAGAAGAAUUACCAUGUACUCCUCUUCAUUUUACAUCAGCUUUUUGCAAUUCCGGUUCGAACAACACAGUAUUAUCAGCCGAAAACGAAUACGAACUGUUCGGAAAAGGUUCAACGUCGACUACUACCAGCUCCGCAGGUACAGUGUGCACAACAUUACUUGCCGCUGACAGCAGCAAAUCUUUAAUAAUCGGUCCUACAGUUCCUGAGAGAAAGAGUUCUCUAUCUAACAAAAAUUCUUCGCCAGAUAACACUAUAGAAAAAGAUUUUAGCAGUAAAACUGGUACAAUUAAACGAAGUCCAGCAACUAGCACUAAACCCAUUGUUGUCGCUUUAAUACACAAAAAGACUGAAGGAGACAUUUCACCUGACAGUGGGCACAAUACAUCUAGUUCACCAAUUGAAUCUAUUAACAGUCCUACUGGAAUAAGAAGUAGCUCAGAGUGUGAAUAUUCUGAAUCGUCAGACCAAGAAGGUUCGGAACGAAUCAGAGUUAAAACAACGAUUAAUUCUAGUAGAAUUCCGUCCAUGUGUGUUAUAACACCACCCCACAGUGAUGACGAAUGUGCCUCACAAACAUCAGAUAAAAGAAUAAUAGAAUUAAAUAAUGUAAAUCAGAUCGCCUUAGGUUCAAAAAAUGCUGACCGUGAUAAGUUAGACUUAGAUUUAAAACAAAGGGUGGAAGACUGCUUAACUAGCACCAGAAUAAUUAGUAACAACAACCAAUUGUCAUUGGUUAACGUUAACCUUCAAACGGGAUACGCCACUGUGGAGAAUAUGGACCAGGCAAGUCCCGAGCCAAAUAAUAACCACAAAAACGUUGAUGACAAAAUAAUUUCCACAAGCAACAAGUCUAUAAGGUCUUCAUCUCCGAGUGGUGGUACACUAAUAGUCAAGGAAACUGAGCCUGUAAAAACAAGUUUAAGCCAACCUAUUAUCAAAUCUUCUCUUUUGCCAUUAAAUUCAAUGUUGGGUAAAAUCAAGUCGAAUGUAAUGAAUUAUGCUAGAAGGGAUAGUAAAAGUCCUAACAAGACCUAUGAAUGUCAUGAUGAUUUUGGUGAAUAUGUCACCAUAACAGAUAUUAAGAACAACAACAAUGGACUUAAUAAGUCCAAUGAUAUAUAUUCCAAACCUGUGAAGGCUAUUCCAACCCCUCUUCCAGAAGACAAGAAGGAAGUUCAGUAUGUCUCUUUGAACGAGUUACCUGCAAAUGAGUCCAAACUUGCCGCAAUGGAUUCCCUAGAACGCAAAAAAAGACAAGGUGCCAGAGUAACGUUAGAUGCAGAGGGUAAAGUGGUUUAUAGUUCGGACAGUUUAAGUCGAAGGAAGACUGCUCACUCGACCUUCGAACCAGGACCGUUCGUUAAAACUGUAACUUCACCACAAAGCCCCGGUCCCGCCCGCAGAAAUCAAACUUCAGUUCGUCCGAUACAACAGACACAGAAGCAACGCAUCACUUCCAACGUGCCCGUAACUGAAUUUAACCGUCCACUUUCUCCCCAGCCUGGCAAAUUUGUAAUCAAAGCGGUACAUGGAGCCACAUCUCCAACAUCAGAGAUUGUCAGAAUGCCCCCUGCGACAAUAGUGGCACCCACCACGCGUCCCAUGUCCCCAAAAUCCAAUUCUAGAGGUGCUUAUGUUUAUAUCCAGGAUUCCGGUCAGACGCGGACGCCUGCUCAAGACAAAGGCCGUGUAUCCUCACCACCUUCCGUUCAACGGAAGCAAUUCAGUCCAGGAACGGAGUCACAGGAUAUAAAUGAAAUGUACGCCGAAAGAAUAAGAGAGGAGGACCUGAACAGAAGGCAUAUGAUAAAUUCCAGUUACUAUUCGCCGUUAUACCACACGAUACUCCCGCAAGAAGUACAAUACAGACGAGCGGAUCUCAGUCCGGAGAGAUCGAUAACUCCUGACAUAACGAGAGGAUUAGAUAGGCCUGAUGGAAGGAAUAUGUUCCUUUCAAAGAAUGUUCAGCAGCCUUUGCCAUAUUCCACGUUUACUAGUCACGAUCCUGUGCAAAUGAAUAGAAGGAUGGGAAUUCCAGUGGAAAUUCCUCAAGUUAAUUAUCAAAAACACCAUAAUUAUUAUUGUGAACAACCUGGUGUACCUGAAAUUAAUCCACACAGGGUGCUAGAAUUUAGAAGUGAUCAAUUGAAAAUUUCACCUAUAGAUCCUAGAAAUUCUGGCGAAUUUAAAACGUCCACACCAAGCGGUAAAAGCAGUCAAGGGUUAAAGGCGGCAGUAAAUUUAGAGAAUCAGAUGUUCUCGCCUAAGAAAAGUACUAUGUCAAACGAUGAAUUGUAUGCCAUUAUUCAUAAAAGUAAAAAGAAAUUAAACAUUGAUGACGAUCAAUCAGAAGAUCUAAAAAUUAAAAACCCCGAGUCUGAUAAACUCGAACCUAUUGUAUUAAAUAAGCAAUCUCAAAAAGAUUCAAUAAAAACAAGUAACACCUGCGAAGACAGAAAGGGUAACCAGCAAACAUCUCGUUUAGAUUUUAAACGGUUAUUACUACAAAAGAGCAAUGUUUUGUUGGGUAAUUCUAAGAAGAUAUCGGCAGUGGAACAAUUAAAAAUUUCAAAAGAAUUAAUUAAAACUCCUCCCAAAUCAAACAACCCCGAAAUGAAUAUUUUAGAUUUAAGUGGAUCGCCUAGGACUUAUGUUAAUCGGAAGUUUAACUCGCCUAAAUCACCAAGACACAUGCCAGAAAAACCAAAACCACAGUUAAAAGUAAUGUCACCUAGGUCUCAAUGGCGGUUCGCAAAUCCUAGAAGUGAUGUGCUCUCUUCUACAAUACUGGAAGAUUGUAGGGAAGAUGAGAACUCAAAUAAUUCUAGUGAGUCGCUUAAAAAUGAAGAAACUAAAACAUAUCCAAUUGUUCAAAAAAGUGAAGCCGAUAAAGAAAACAGUCAAGUAGAUAAAAAACGGUACGCGUCCGUCACUGAUAGGUUAAGAGCUCAAAGAGCGAAAUUCUUCGAUGUUGACAACAAGAGUAAUAGUAAAACUGUCAAUGAUCCAAGUAAUUAUAGUGUAAAUGAAGACAAAAGUACAAUUCCUCCCACAUUAGAAACGUCUUUUUAAUUAGGGUUUGUAUUAUAUCUAGUCUGUGAGCCAUUAGUUUUUUAUUUAAACUAUUGUAUAUAAAUUGAGCUUUUUGUUGAGAAUUUUUAAAAUGUCUUAAGUUAUUCUAUUAAUAUAUUGGAUUUGCAAAUAAA